UUUGCAAAAAAAUAAAAAAGUACGUUUUGCUUAAAUUAUACACUUUAAGAUAGUAAAAGAAAAGUAUUACAAAAUGAUAGUAAUAAGUUAAAAAACAACAAACACACGCUCAUAUAAAAAUCUCCUAAUGUAAUGUGCUAAGCAGACUAUAAAACCUCCUAAAUAAGCAUGAUGACCAUCUGGUCAUUGCAAAAGCAGCCACGAUCAGCGAACGAGUAAUAAAAACGAUGUAAAGCGGCCAUUAAAUCAACCACACAACAACAAGAAAAAACUGUUUGAUGAUAUCGUCAGCGCGUUUUUGCAUCUAAUGUUGAACAUCUUUCCGAGCACAAUCGUUUAAGCGAUUUUGCCACCGGUGUUACUCUGUGCAUCAUUCGCUAUGAUACUGUUUUUGCAGCGUUUCCGAAAGCUUUUAUAAUCUUUUAAUUAUUUAUUCCGAAACGGUUCGUAUGUUACCAGUUAACUCUAUUAUAAACGUUUAUAUUGAUAGUUCGUUUUAAUGCAUGUUUUUAAACAAACAACCGGUUGGAAUUAAUUAAAAGUGUUUUUUUUCGUCUCAAAAUACCACAAACAUGUUAAUUGAUAAGUAACAUAAAUCACACAAAAACAGUUCAAUAUUUGUUUUAUACGUGUCAUAAGCUCAGUCCGAAUGGCAUUUAGCACGUUUUGCACUAACCCUUGUAUGAAUCCCUUGAAACUACUAACGAAAGUGAUCGGUAAGUCGCAUAAAUCCCACUCACCCUGGCCUUGGUACAGGUUUGUCUAUCACGCACCGGAAAUUGCCUCAGACACUCUGUGCUGUCAAAUUUGUCGUCAAGCGUCACCUCCGAUUUUGCAACUCCAAUUAAUUUCAGCUCAUUUGAUUUUUAUGCUUUUGACGCGAAACUCUCCUAUAUUGGCGUGAGUCGUGGGCUUGCUUAGUCUGGCGUUUAGCUCUUUCUUUGCUAUUGACGUUGUGUCGUGCGUCUGUACAGUGUUUGGAUGAAUGAUCUAACUAAUCAUCGGUACGUGUCAAACAGGGUGGUUUCCAUUUGCAAAACACCGGCUAACAAAAGGGCAAACCAUCUGGUUAAUGAUCUUACAAGCCCUUGCGCUGGGGAACACACACCAACCUAAAACACGAAUGACAUUUGGAAACCGUUUACUCCACAUUUGUCAUCGAUCAACCGAGAGAGUAGCUUUAAACGAGCUAGCAUGGAUCAAAGCUGACCCAAAUUAAAAUCCUCAAAUUAGGCUCGUGCAAUCGAAGUUCGUCUGGAAUGCUACCAACAACGUCACACGAGAAAGUCUCCCUCGUGGAAGGAAGAAACAGACUGCGCAAGCAGGAAAUUCGUAAAAGUAGUGUAGCAUGUGCAUUCAUUGCGCAAUCAACUGUUGAAACGAAGGCAGAGAAAACUAUUUCCACGAUGCCAAUGAUCGCAUCAAAAAGCCGCUCACCAUCGAACGAUAACGGGCUUCAGUGGUUUGAUAGAAAAUUGAUCGCCGUAUACAUCACGCUGUCAAAACGCGAACGUGGUGAUGAAAAUUUUAUGCGAAAAUAAUUCCUGUACCUGUGGGCAUGAGAGCUAAGCAGUUUUCUUUGGCGAAUGAAUCUGCCAGUAAGUUCAAUUGAUUGCAGAGUUCCCGUCGACAUGUGAUCGAGCGGGAAGAUAGACUAUCAUCACCUGUCUUGAUAAAGCCAAGGUAUAUAUCUAAAUUCAAACAAAAAACGAUACGAGAAAUGGAUAGAGGAUAGAAAAUAAGCUAAUGCCAAGGGAAUUUAAUCUGAUAAGGGCUGUAGAUUUACAAUGAACAAUCACAAGUGUUGAAAUUUUUAUUGUUUUUAGUGUUUAGUGUAUCAACAUAAUGAAACUAUUUAAGUAAAAUGAAGUAUCAUGAUAUAAAAUUUUAAAUUUUCAUGCUAUAUCAACCUAAAAAAGAAAACAAAAAUAUAUUUGUUCUACAUUUAAACUGUUUUUUUAAUAACUUUUCAACAUUCAAGAUAGGAAAUUGAUUUUAAAUAAAUAUUAUGUAUUUGUUUUUAGUUCAAUUUGACAGAGGAAAUAGAUACAAAGUUUAGUUCAAUUACUAAAACAAUAGUACGCAUAUAAGUAACUAUUUUAGCAGUUGCUUGAAAACCAUUUCAUGUCUGAUAUAAUAUUUUCCUUCCAAUAGUACAGCUGAAACUUACAUUCCCUAGCCCACUUAGAGCAAGAAAGUGCAAACCACUAUCAAGAUCAGUGUCUUUGCCGAUUAUCUAAGAUGAAAGUGAAAACAAUUGGUUUCGAAUUCCAUUGUCACCUCAGUGCGCUCGUCGCUCUUGACGCGAUCCCACAACUCUUCCUCCCCGGUCAGACGAUUGCACCACAGGAAAUACAACUCCGUGCACCGGAAAUGUUCUUCGCUCACCAGCAAGCUGUAUGACAAUAACGAAACAAAAACAAAAAAAAACCUUGCCCCACGAAAAACAAUGCCAGCGAGAAAUCAAAUUUUAGUGCAGCGAAUAGAGAGAGGAAAAAACAACACAACACCGGACAACGAUGCCACGGUGACAAAAUGGAACCUCAUCAAUACGAUCCAAUACGCAAUCGAUCGCAUUCAGCAUCGUUUGUUGGCAUUUUUUCCGAACCCAUUAGCCAUUCGGUAAUCUUCAGCUGCGUGACGGGGGGUGAAGAUCCCAGUUGGAAAUGGAGCACCUACCCUGUUACGUUUAACACCCCUCGACUGACUGGUGGAAUAAUCGAUUUCCACUUCAAUUCGGUAAUUCGUUUUGGCACUCGAGCAUCCUUACCCCGCGUCAACACACCAUAACCGAUGGAAGGUCACGUUCGGGCUGCCCUCGAUCUUCGCGCCUGCACCGGUGGAAUGUCUAUCGAAGAUUCGUUUUCCAUUUCGUUGUGGUCGCAUCGAUCUCUCCUGCGGUCGUUCUUUGCAAAACGGGGCACACCGUACAGCGCAGUGCAGACACGUAUGCAUUCCGGUGGAAAAUCGUUACCGAAGGAAAAGCUAAUGGAAAGUGUCGAAAGCGAGAAGGCCAAAAACGCGCGGCCAGCGCGGCGUGAUGGCGAUGGCUCGUUACUAGAUCCCAUCGAUGUGCGGAUUCUUCACGCUAAAUAGCUCCAGUUUCCACUUUUUCCACACCGUUUGCCAUUUCGCUUUUCCAUCUGCACCCUUGUAAAGAUCGUCUUCAGUGCAACCGUUUUGCUAAACGGCUUAUUUGAAGACGGGCGCUCAUAAAACGGCAGUUAGCAAAUGGUGCCCUCCCAGCUCCCGCCUGGUGGCGAGGUUGUGCUACACUUUCUUUUUCGGUCGAUCGGCAUCUUCACGCGAAACAAAAGUGAAAAACAACAAAUCACAAACGAGAUCCACCCUUUUUUUUGCCAAGGCACAAAUUUGCUUCCGCAAAACCCUUCUGCCAUGGUGGCCUGAUGGUGCGAGCUGUACGGACUUUCCCUUUUGUUCCGGGAAAAAUCAAGAUCCGCUGAUCGAGAUUCGGCCAGUUCUUACAUUACGGUGCGGAGAAGUUUAUCCAACAUCAGCGCUUCCGCCGCAUGCACCGAAGUUUUCAUCGGAGGACAGCUGAAUGUGGUUCCAGUCUCCCCAGUAGCCCUACGGUGCAUUAACUUCCUGUCGUCGCUUUGUCGUGCACGUACCUCAGAAUUGGCCGGAACAUUAUGAUCGCAUUAGAGCGGCUUGGGAGCACCGCACAGGAACUUGGUGCUGGAACUGGAGCGAACUGUCAGAUUACCGGCGUCAGGUAAUGGACUUUCAGCAAUUGUAAUCAGUUGUCAUGCACUCUGCGAAAACCCAAAAGCUGAGGAAUGGAACCUUCCGCCGGCGGGUAACCAUUCCAGGUGAGGAGAAAAUCUGUUGCGAAUGGGAAAUGGUACACUGGCAAGACGAUGUCGACAUUCGAUCGGCAGGCCAUUCCCGACACAAAAGCGAACUGAUGUCAGGAAACGGUAAUUUAUCACGUGGUACUUUAGAAAUGAACGAUAAUUGAAUUUCCACCAUGACCACCAACGGGAUGAGGUAAUCCACGCCGUAUCCCAUAGGCACUGUCAGCCCAGGCAGCAGCUGUCGACGGGGCGCAGACUUUGCGAUCAGGGCGCAGAAAGAUCAACGGCUGACAGAUUGUGAAGAGCGAACUGUUUUAUAAUUGGUCCCGUGCCGGCGAAAUGAUGUAGGUGAAAGUGAUCGAUAUUUUCGCCAACAUUCAAGCGUUUUCAACGCACGUCAUUAGGGAAGAUGAUCUGCUAAUUGAAUAGGACAUUGCUUGAGAUGAAGCAAUGUUAAAAUACAAUUAAAUUAAUGUCUUUGAGUCACACAUUUUACACGACACUUUCAAAUCCGACGUCCCAGAACAGUAAUUGACCGGAACUGUCAUGUCUACGAAGCUCAUUAAAUGGUAUCAAUUUUCCGAAAUCUAUUUAACGACUUCACAAAAAUCCCCGCCACCUCAUCGUCACAUGAUUGACAUGCAUUUGCGCAACGGGCGAUAGAAACGCGAGGAAUCACCGAUUCCAUUGACAGACUCAAAAAUCGAUCGGCUGCUGUACAGAAGGCUGUAACCUUCUCAUUGUUGAUAAUUUACAUACGAUGAACCAAUCAUUCGUUGAAGCAUAUUUAGCGGCCCAGUGUUAUCUAUGAUAACUAUGAAUGAUAAGACAAGACAAAGCUAUAAACUGAGUCUCUCCCAAAGAGAAGAGCAUCAGUGUGUAUCGAUCAGUUUAAAGUUAUAGUUCGUGCGGUUUUGCAUAUUCCCGAAUCAAGAUGACAAGAAUCGUCAUAUUGGGGUUUUUGUUAGUGUUAAGUCUCGGAACAGUGCAUCCUCAGUUGGUUUGCUAUCAGUGCGAUGAUUGUGAGCUACAGCAAGAGAUCCCAAUUGUUUGUGGAGAUGUAGACUAUACCACUACAACACCUCCGGAUACAACCUGUCCCACCUGUGCUCCGGAACCAACGUUACCGACUACGCCGGAAUGGACAACCUCUACUCCGGACACUACGUGUCCAACCUGUGCACCAACCUUGCCCACAACUCCCAUUCCGACUACUUCUACACCUGACACAACGUGUCCAACGUGUGCUCCAACUCUUCCCACCACACCCAUACCGACCACCUCAACGCCUGAAACCACGUGUCCUACCUGUGCACCAACUCUUCCUACAUCUCCCAUUCCAACGACAUCCACACCAGUCGAAACUUCCACUCCAGAUACCACCUGUCCUACGUGUGCUCCUACCCUUCCCACCACACCGCCUCUAACCACCUCGACACCGUUGUCCACUACGACACUACCACCUCCAACACCUACGCAACCUACCACACCAUCCUGCCCGGCCGGAUGUUGUCCCUGUUACGGAGCUCGUUCCACGUCCAUCUUUGCGAUGGCAGCAAGCGCCACCAAGAACGCUCUGAUGGAUGAGUUCGAAGAGGACAUUCGAUCAACGCGUCAGCUACCGUUACCGAUCUAUGUUUGCUACACCACCGAACGCUUUGUGAACCAGCGACGCGUGAUCAGCCGUGGGUGUACCAAGCGGCAACAGUCGCUCACCGAUACCUGCACACAGCUCAGCGGUGGACAAACCUACGAACAGUGUUCGCUCUGCUCGUGGCAGCUGUGCAACCGAUAGGGCGGGAUGUAGACACCUAUUGUACCGGUGUAUCUCUCGUAUUAUUGUCAUAUUAUUGUGCUUCUUCGCACGAUGAAGAGGCCAGAUCAUCAAUCACGAUGGUAGUGACACCAGUAGCUCCUAGAAGAUUCCCCACCAUAAGCGGAAGUGUAUCGAAAUAAAGCAAACUCUAUGAUAAGCAUUCAAAUGUUGGGGCGUAUGUUGGGUGAGUCAGAUAGUGGACGCACAUGGCGCCGUAGAUAAGCGGCUGUUGUGGGGGUUUCAAUCUAAACCGAGUGGCUGUUACGACAUUGGCGGCUGUUCAAUUUGAGAUUAAAAUAGACACCUUCCGAAAGGUUAUGUGAUGUCCUCCAGGGAAUAGAAUUGUGUCAAGUUUUCCAUUGUUUCCAACACAUUCCUUCAAAAAGCGAUAAGUCCAUGUGGGUAAAGUUCAAUUGCUUAGAAUUUGCAUCCCGAACCUACCUUACGUUAUGAUGCACAAGCCAACCACACAGAGUGCUGGAGGUCUUUUGUGUAUGUGUGUUCAAAGAUGGCUUUACCUACAUCGGCUCUUACCAAUUUUUCAUUCACCCCAUUCAGCAGAUCGGUACUCACCACAAAUGGUCCUCAAACCAUUGAACAUGCACGCAUCGACAAGCACACAUCGAAGGUUGAGAUUUGUUUCCAACGCCAUAUUUGUAACGCCUGCAGCACCUCUCGAUUUGGCAGCUCGAAGAAGGAAGGCUUUUUCCGUGUUCUCCUUCUAUUUUGGUGUGCGCCGUUCGCCUCCGCCGUACAUGCACUUGCCCCGAAGGAAACCAGUUAGCUUCCCUAAUGCAUCCCGUAAUUUCAACCCUUCCUCAAUUCCCUUCCUACCCACCUUCUCUACCUCCCCAAACGUCUGGCAGUCUGCUUCCCACAAACUGUCCCUUUAUUUUCACUCCACCUUCCUCUGAGCAUUACGUAAUAAACGAUCUGAUUAAUUUGAUGUCGUGCCGGUUCGGUUCCCUUCGGUCGGUUAGUUGGCCGGCUGGUUGUUCGCAUUUUUCUCCAUGCCGUUGUCUCCCUACCCCACUGUCUCUCGCACUGGGGCAAUAUACGGUCCGGGCCUUAUUUAUGGUCAUGUGUGAUGCUUUAUGACACGGUCGCGAUCGCGAACCACGACCACGAACCAGCUCGCGGCAUCCCGGUCGACUUGCAUAUCGAUUGCGAUCGACGUGCACUGGACGUGAAAACGAGAGCUAAUGGAAAAGAAGAAAGGACCUAACGCAAACCUGGAAGGUGGACGAAGGUGCGAAUGCGCUCGCGUACGAUUUGCAUAACAAUAAAUUGCAGUUCCCCACCGCAACUGACCCACACGAGAAGGAAAAAGUGUUCUGCGCGCUAGAAUCACGCGCGGAAUCUCGGCGCGAAAGCGGAAUUGGAGUACAUUGGAGUGCAUUAGGAAAGGGAUGGCAUACCAGCUGUUUCAGCAGGGGCUUUCACUUUCUGUCGUAAUUCGUGCGUUUUUUUAUUGGUGGGAAAAUGUGGAAAAUCAGUUACAUUUUUUAACGGCGUUGAUGUCAGUUUUGUUUGAAAAUCCUUCUGAUAUGCAUUCAUUUUAUUUAUUUUGAUUAGAAUUAGAAUUAUUUUUAAAUAAUUUAAAUUAAUCAUGUACGAUCAACAGCAAAUGUAAACUAAUUUUAAUUGUGGUGUAUUUUUAAAGUAAUGUGUUUUUACCGAUAAUUAUUAAAUUGCAUAAAUUAAGAAUAACACAACAUUCCUCUAGAGUUAGAAAAGUAUCGAAUAAAUGUCUUCCUCUGACUACAACAGUCUACCUUUUCAAUAAGGUAGUAUAAAGUUAAGAAGUUAAGUAAUCGGAAGAAUAAAGUUACGAGGAUUACGUCCAGUGCUCAUGUUGAAGUCCAUAUCUCCAUGGUAUCCUUUUAUAUAUUUCUUAUUUUUAGUUAUUGGAGCUAAACAAUGGUAUCUAUCGACUCAGUUUUGUCUAGUAGAAGGGAUAUUUGGAAGAUAGAAAUAUUCUAUUCGGAAGAUAGAAAAAUAUUAUUUUGAACAUUUGAAAUAAAACGGAAGAAUUGAUAUUUUGGAGUCUUCUCGAGUACUUAACAACAUUCCUUCAUUCUAUUGGGAAUUGAUUUUCACAGAUAUACAAACAUAUGUUAGAGACACUAUUGGAAUUUCCUUGUUAUAUAUUAACACAUGAAACUUAAAAAAAUGAAAAUAAUUAAAAGACUUACUUUCACUGUACGACUUUUGAUUAAAUCCAGAAAUGGCCGGCAUUACCUGUAAAGACAUUAAACCAAGAAGAAAUAAUUAAAUUAUUCAUAAAAAGAACUUUUUUCUCUUUAAUUAGGACAGAAGAAAGAAUCAGAUAACAAAGAGACAUGAGAUAAUUUCAAAAUAUUACGUUUAAAUUCACUAAAUUUUAACAUAAUCAACCUUUUUAGUAGCAUCAACCAAUCUUUUGACUAUUCUAUCAUCUGAACCAGCUAUCUCAAGUAGUACGGCUUGACCAGUUACAUUAUCCGUAGAUAAAAAGUCCAUUUAGUAGGACGAACAUUCAACCGGUACUUUCCCGCAUUCAGACAGACGCACGAUGUAACCCCUUGGAUAACUCCUGUAACGUCCCCAAAAUCAUACACGGGACCCGUUGUUUUAGAUCACAUAAAAAAGGCAAAUCGCUUACCAAGGGAAAGAAACGAAAGCAAAAGUGAUCGCUAAAAAUUAACUCACUUUCAAAGAAUGCCAUUGUUUCUGUAUCGCCGUGCCGGUCGAGCAAAAGGGUGCCUUUGCUUUCCUUUAAAGCUUGCAAAUCCACCAGCGCAACAGAUAGACCCUUGCUACAGUUUACCUUCCCACUUGAAUCUAAAGGGAACAUUGGUGGCCAACGCGGGUGGAGAAAUUGGGGAAAAAAGAACACAGCGGGAGGUCAUUUAGUUCGGCAGUAUGGUGGUUCGCGAAAAAUAAAUACACAUAUCUAUCUCACGAUGGACAGAGCGCUGGCGGUUUCGGGCUACGGUCGCAAAAUUGGACGACUUCUUGCCCUUCCCGCCGUUACCGUGUGGGAGUUAUGUAAUGGGAGAAAAGAAAUUACCACCAGCGGUGUUCAUAUUUCUCCCAGCCGCAUAAAGAGACCCCUUUCAUAAGCGCACGAGCGCACCGCAACAAAUCACUGAGCAGGUAUCGUUGAAGAAUUGUCCUGGCGAGCAUUUGUAAGGUUGUGUGUGUGUGUGUGUCGCUCGGGAGUCCCAUUUUUUUUGUUUCGUCUCUUGAAUCACCAUCCACUGUCUAUGCGGGGUCCGGCACAAUAUUAUUAGUAUCUUUAUUUCGUCUUAAUUCUUUUUCUGCUCCGUUUUGUAAUGCUUUGGGGGCCUCCGUGAUCGUGGGGGCUCGAAAUAUGUGUCAGCGGUGAAUGUGCCUCCCGAUCGUACAUUAUACACAUGCAUGCACUGGUGGUACGAUGCAGUGGGAGAAAGAGAGAUGCUUAUGCUUUUUAUGAUGGCGCUAAUGUGGCCGUUUGUCAAGACCUGCGAGUUUGUCGUACCGCGCAAUUUGUCGGGUGGUCUUAGAAAGCAACAGGCAAAAUGACCGCUAAGUGCAGGUCAUCGGGAAAUAGUAGCCGGGUUUGUGCAAAGGCACAAUGUCGACGUAUGUUCGGUUAGUGGUAUCCUGUUUUUUCAUGAUAAAUUUCGUAAAGUGAAACGUAUUUCCUUAUGAUAAAAAAAUAAAAGAACGCCUAAUUUAUUAUACUUUAUAGCGUUAACUGACGUUGAAAACACUUAAAAAUAGUUUUAUUUAAAAAUUUAUUGACUACAAUCUACCCCAUCAUUAAACGUAAUUUUUAGCCUCAAACUGUCGAAACGAAACCUUUGAAGAUUUCUCCAAAUUAUCACCCGUCAUAAACAUUUCUCCGCCACAUUCAACCUAUGCUUAAUUGUCAUGUUAAUCCAUAUUUUCAUUAUGACCUAAUCGGAUCAAACAAACGAUCAAAACGGGCAAAAGAAAAAAAAAUAAAACCCCGCCACAAAAUGAAUUAUUCAACACUAAUCCGUCCGAACAAAAAUAAAAAAGGGAAAAGAACCUCAUGCGGACAAAACCGAACGAAAUAGUAAAUAAAUACAGCUUCCCGAAAACACGAAUGUCAACACCACAAAUGAUGUCCACCGUGCGCAAACAUACAUGCCGUAAAAGCAGUGAAUAAAGCAAAAUAAAUAAAACAGCAGCGAAAGAUUCACACGCUGUGCCAUCUUCAGCGCGUGUGCGGCGGCAAGAUAAAGCCCGACAACACCCCGAAAAAGACGCUUGUUCGCGUGCCGGUCUUCUGCGCCUUGCAAGCGUGAACAUGCGCAA